CAUAAAAAAUAAUUUUCAAGAAAUAUUAUUUGCUUCCUUUUUCAUAACUCUCAUGUCCCCAAAAUAUUCUCUCUUUCAUUUCUCAUGAACUUCGGAUUUAUGUUAGGUUUCUAUUGUUGGGAUUGGGGUUUCUUAACCGCCCUUCUACUCUUCUCCACUGUCUUUUUUCUUUAAACACCCUUUUUUUCUCCUUCGUGAUUCAGAUUUAUAACCUUAGAGUUGAAGACGAAGAAUGCUUACCAUCUGAGUAAACUCCUCUCGUUUAAGUUGAAUAUAUUUCUCGACGUUUUUUUUUUUUGGUGAAUUUUUUUUAAUGGGGGAAUUAGAGGACCAAUGUGAAAGGAAUUUGUUAGAGUAUGUAAGGAAGGCAUCAACACCACCUUUCUUGCUAAAAACGUACAUGUUGGUGGAGGAUCCGGCGACGGACGAUGUCAUUUCUUGGAAUUCUGAUGGAUCGGCUUUUAUAGUCCGGCAGCCGGCGGAGUUUGCUAGAGAUUUGCUUCCGACGCUUUUCAAACAUAGCAACUUUUCUAGCUUUGUCCGGCAGCUCAAUACCUAUGGCUUUCGUAAAAUUACAACAAGUCAGUGGGAGUUCAGCAACGACUUGUUUCGUAAGGGAGACAUGGAUUUACUAUGUGACAUUCGUCGAAAAAAAUCAUGGACAAACAAACAACCUAACAAAAAAGAAAGUACAGAUGAAGAUCAUAGGUCAUCAUCAUCAACUUCUAAUUCUUCAUCAUCGUUUGAGUACAAUAGCCUUGUUGAUGAGAAUAAAAGGCUCAAAAUGGAAAAUGGAGAACUAAGCUCUGAGCUUUCACUAAUAAAUAAGAAAUACAAGGAACUUAUUGAUAUUGUGGCCAUUUUGGCAAAAAAAUCAAAAGAAGAAGAAAAUGAAGGGCAAAAAGGUAAAAGGCCAAUGUUGUUUGGUGUGAGGCUAGAAGUUAAAGAAGAGAUGGAAAGGAAGAGAAAAAGAGUUGAGUUUAAUGAAAUUGCUAGUGUUUUUCUCUCUCAACUAUGCAAAUAAAAUAGGCAAAAAAAGAUCAUAUAGCAAAAGGAAAGGAAAUAUUUGGUGAUUUUCUUUUCAUAUGUCUAAUUUUAAAUGUAUAAAGUUAUUCGAUAUGUCUGAUAGGACAGACACAAGUUAGUCCAAACAUCAUCAUAUUAAAUGUAAAAGUAAAUGAAUUAUAUAUUUUUUAAUUUAAAUGC